AUCACAUGCAACCGCUACGUCAUUCUAUCACGGCCAUAUAAAAGGACGGUUUGCACUUACCCCGUUCAGUUCUGUUGAGAUCAUCAGAGAUACUUGGUUGACAAUUGCAGUGAUAUUUCGUAAAAUUAUCUGCGACUUUUUGUAAAAGCUACGAUACAUUUACAUCAGUAAAUAUGCAGAUCUUCGUGAAGACUUUGACGGGUAAAACCAUAACUCUUGAAGUCGAAGCCUCUGACACCAUUGAAAACGUGAAAGCAAAAAUUCAGGAUAAAGAGGGAAUUCCACCAGACCAACAAAGAUUAAUCUUUGCUGGUAAACAAUUAGAGGAUGGCCGUACUCUUUCCGAUUACAACAUCCAAAAGGAGUCUACUCUUCAUCUUGUACUCCGACUCCGUGGAGGAAUGCAAAUUUUCGUUAAGACUCUGACAGGAAAGACCAUCACGUUGGAGGUAGAGGCAUCUGAUACUAUUGAGAAUGUAAAGGCUAAGAUCCAGGAUAAAGAAGGAAUCCCACCGGAUCAGCAGAGGUUGAUCUUUGCCGGCAAGCAACUUGAAGAUGGUCGUACGCUAUCCGAUUAUAAUAUCCAAAAGGAGUCUACUCUCCAUCUUGUACUCCGACUCCGUGGAGGAAUGCAAAUUUUUGUCAAGACUCUCACAGGAAAAACCAUCACAUUGGAAGUAGAGGCAUCUGAUACUAUUGAGAAUGUAAAGGCUAAGAUCCAGGAUAAGGAAGGAAUCCCACCGGAUCAGCAAAGGUUGAUUUUUGCCGGCAAGCAGCUUGAAGAUGGUCGUACCCUAUCCGAUUACAAUAUCCAAAAGGAGUCAACCCUUCAUCUUGUACUCCGACUCCGUGGAGGAAUGCAAAUUUUUGUCAAAACUUUGACCGGUAAAACAAUAACUCUGGAAGUCGAAGCUUCAGAUACGAUUGAGAAUGUUAAAGCAAAGAUCCAGGAUAAGGAAGGAAUCCCACCGGAUCAGCAGAGAUUGAUCUUUGCCGGCAAGCAGCUUGAAGAUGGUCGUACUCUUUCCGAUUACAAUAUCCAAAAGGAGUCAACCCUUCAUCUUGUUCUUCGACUCCGUGGAGGAAUGCAAAUUUUCGUCAAGACUCUGACAGGAAAGACCAUCACGUUGGAGGUAGAGGCAUCUGAUACUAUUGAGAAUGUAAAGGCUAAGAUCCAGGAUAAGGAAGGAAUCCCACCGGAUCAGCAGAGAUUGAUCUUUGCCGGCAAGCAGCUUGAAGAUGGUCGUACGCUUUCCGAUUACAAUAUCCAAAAGGAGUCAACCCUUCAUCUUGUUCUUCGACUCCGUGGAGGAAUGCAAAUUUUCGUCAAGACUCUGACAGGAAAGACCAUCACGUUGGAAGUAGAGGCAUCUGAUACUAUUGAGAAUGUAAAGGCUAAGAUUCAGGACAAGGAAGGAAUCCCACCGGAUCAGCAGAGGUUGAUCUUUGCUGGUAAGCAAUUGGAAGAUGGCCGUACACUUUCAGAUUAUAACAUCCAAAAGGAGUCCACCCUUCAUCUGGUACUCCGUCUCCGUGGAGGAAUGCAAAUUUUCGUUAAGACUCUGACAGGAAAGACCAUCACGUUGGAAGUAGAGGCAUCUGAUACCAUCGAGAAUGUAAAGGCUAAGAUCCAGGAUAAAGAAGGAAUCCCUCCAGAUCAACAGAGAUUGAUCUUUGCCGGCAAGCAGCUUGAAGAUGGACGUACACUUUCUGAUUAUAAUAUUCAAAAGGAAUCUACUCUCCAUUUGGUACUUCGUCUCCGUGGUGGUAUGCAGAUUUUUGUAAAAACUUUAACCGGCAAAACGAUUACUUUGGAAGUCGAAGCUUCAGAUACGAUUGAGAAUGUCAAAGCAAAGAUUCAGGACAAGGAAGGAAUCCCACCGGAUCAGCAGAGGUUGAUUUUUGCUGGUAAGCAAUUGGAAGAUGGCCGUACACUUUCGGAUUAUAACAUCCAAAAGGAGUCCACCCUUCAUCUGGUACUCCGUCUCCGUGGAGGAAUGCAAAUUUUCGUUAAGACUCUGACAGGAAAGACCAUCACGUUGGAAGUAGAGGCAUCUGAUACCAUCGAGAAUGUAAAGGCUAAGAUCCAGGAUAAAGAAGGAAUCCCACCAGAUCAACAGAGAUUGAUCUUUGCCGGCAAGCAGCUUGAAGAUGGUCGUACUCUUUCCGAUUACAACAUUCAAAAGGAAUCAACCCUUCAUCUUGUACUCCGACUCCGUGGUGGAAUGCAAAUUUUCGUCAAGACUCUUACAGGAAAGACCAUCACAUUGGAGGUAGAAGCUUCCGAUACGAUUGAAAAUGUCAAAGCUAAAAUUCAGGACAAAGAGGGUAUUCCCCCAGAUCAACAAAGAUUAAUUUUCGCUGGCAAACAACUCGAGGAUGGCCGUACUCUUUCCGAUUACAAUAUUCAAAAAGAAUCUACUCUACAUUUAGUACUUAGGCUUCGUGGUGGUAUGCAAAUUUUUGUUAAAACUCUUACAGGAAAAACUAUCACUUUAGAAGUUGAGGCAUCUGAUACUAUCGAAAACGUUAAAGCCAAAAUUCAAGAUAAAGAAGGAAUCCCACCUGAUCAGCAAAGAUUGAUCUUUGCUGGAAAACAAUUAGAAGAUGGGCGUACUCUGUCAGAUUAUAAUAUUCAAAAAGAAUCUACCCUUCACUUAGUCCUUCGUCUCCGAGGGGGAAAUUAAAUUCUAUUCAUGAAUAAAAUCUGCAGACUUAUAGUCCUACUAGAUACAUUAUUAUUUUUUACUUUUAUUCAUGCUGAACUGUAAUGUGAUAUUUAUUCCACUGCUUCGUCGGCAAAUAAAAACUGCAUUUGAAGUUAA